UCUCUCUCUCUCUAUCUCACUAUUUCUCUCUCUAAAACCUUGUUUCACUCUCUCCGAGAUUUCUUCUUUUCUCUCUCUUCUCCCCUCUCUCUCUCUCUAUCUCUCUCUCUCUCUCUAGAGCUCUUCACUUGGUGCGGAGAAGAAAUGCUCCGAAAUUUCAAGAUUUGUUGUAGGUUAUCAACGUUCACGGAGUUGGUUCUGGAUAGCCGACUAUCGAUUUAAGAAGAAGAAAAAAAGGGAGAGAGAGCAGAAAUUAGAGAAUGGAAGGAGAUGUGUUUUCGGGGCUGAACAACGGGGGAGGAGGGGGAGGAGGAGGAGGAGGAGGAGCGCAGGUGGAUAGCAAGGUGAUGCAGAAUUUCCAGAAGAGCUUCGUGCAGGUGCAGAGCAUAUUGGAUCAGAACAGGCUGCUGAUCAACGAGAUCAACCAGAACCACGAGUCGAAGAUCCCCGACAACCUGAGCCGCAACGUCGGGCUCAUCCGGGAGCUCAACAACAACAUCAGGCGCGUCGUCGACCUCUACGCCGACCUCUCCGUCUCCUUCUCCAAGUCGAUGGACGCCUCGUCGGAGGGCGACUCCGCGGGGAGUAAAUCCGGGCAGAAGCGAAUUAGGCCCGGUUAAAAAACAAGAGAAGGUGUGGAUCAGAGGUGGAUUAUUCUCUUUGUAAGUGUGUUUGUGCUCUCUCUCUCUCUCUCUCUCUGUUUCUGAAGCAGUUCAAUUUUUCUUUAGGAGGAGGGGGGGUACUUACUUUGUAGAACAUAACCUUUGUGGGAAGUUUCCUUUUGUUGGUACUUAUUCGCUUGUAGUUCAAUCAACUAAUUAUGUGCCUUUUUAUGCAUUUUUACAUGUCUUAAUGAUUAA